GCCAGAACCGAGCGGGAGGAGCCAGACGCGGGCGCAGGCGCCGCACCGGCAUCCGCUGCUCGGCCGGGCCUGGCGGCUGUCCCCCUGGCACUGUGCCCCAUGGAUGGCGUUUUCCUGUCGCCCAGCGAGGAUGAGUUCGUGGGCAGGAUCGUGGAGGAGCUGGAGCACUUCAUGGAGCAGGGCCAGCACCACCGAGUGCUCCUGUUCCCGCCCCUGUCCAGCCGCCUCCGGUACCUGAUCCACAGGACCGUGGAGAACAUGGAAUUGCUGAGCAGCUUCUCGGUGGGAGAGGGCUGGAGGAGGAGGACGGUCAUUUGUCACUCUGCUGUCAGGCUGCCCAACGAGACCUCGAGUGACCAAAAGGCCGGGCCCAGCGCCGCCCGCGUGCAGCGCCCGGCGCAGCCCUGGGGCCGGGGGUCCCGGGGGGCCCGGCUGCGCCAGCCCGGGGACACGCACGGGGACAGCGCCCGGCCCAGCGUGGGCUCGGGCAGGAUCUCCAGGCCGCCCCGGAGGAAGCCAGAGAGAGCCCCGUUCGUGCCCAGAGGGGGCCGGAGAAAGGCGAAUUGGAGGGAGCGGGAGAGCCCCGGGGACGGGGAGGCGGCGCCGGGAGGGGAGAACGGCCCCAGGAAUUGCAGCCGGGAGCAGCGGGAGCCGGGCAGGGCUGGAGGCAGCCCUGGGAGGCAGCAGGAGCCUGAGGAUGUCCCUGGAGAAGGCGGCGCUGAGCAUCCCCGGGGAGAUGAGAAGGUGCCAUCCUUAGGGAAUGGCGGCGAUUCCUGUGGGCAGGAAGGUCGGGAUGAAGACUGUUCCCAUGCCCCAAGUUCUGCGCACGACAAACACCCUCCCGAGGCAGGGGAGGAGGACCAGGGCAGCACCAUCAUUGCUGAGGGCAGCGAGCUCCAGGCCCAGCUGCAGGAGGAGAAGCAAUCCAGGCGGGAUUCCGGAGGGUCGGAGUGCGGGAGGAGCUCUGUCCCUCUGGAGAACCGUGGUGACAGCAGGACAGCCUCAGGUGUGCCGCACCCGGCCAUGACAGUCCCACCCGUGCCAGCCCCCCCAGAGCUGGAACCUCAGACCCCUCAGAGCAGCAGCAGCAGCAGCAGCCAGCUUCCCCCUGCAGAUCAGCAUUCCCGGGCUGUCCGGGCUGUUCCCAGCCCCAGCGCUGGGCAGGUGGAGCAGGAAGCCCUGCAGAAGGUUCUGGAAGGCCCAGGCGAGGCUCUGGCUGCCCCCAAGCCGCUCCGUGGGGCAGAUCCGGGCGCUCCGGGGCGGAUCCAGAGGAAGGAGGAAGAGGAGGGCAAGGAAGGCUCGGGUGUGGCCGAGGCGCUGAGGAGGGGCCUGGAUUUGGCUGCAGGGGACACAGAGGGGCCGAGGCAGAGCGGCCCCGAGGACGACUGCACGGCAGAGCUCCUGGCAGAGAUCGUUGGGAAUUUGACAGUGAAGGACAUCAGCAUCGAGAGGAUCAGCGUGGAUUAUUCUGGCUACGGGGAGGCGCAGGUCAGUGAGGGGGACUUGGGCCACGUCACCGAGAUCUACGACUUCCCCUCGUCCCUGAAAACCGAGGAUCUGCUGGGAAUGUUCUCAGACUUCCAUGAGAGCGGCUUCAAAAUCCAGUGGGUGGAUGACACCCACGCCCUGGGAAUCUUCUCCAGCCUCUCCACAGCAUCGCAGGCCCUGGGCCGCCGCUACCCCUGCCUGAAGAUCCGGCCCCUGCUCCACGCCAGCAAACAGGCCAAGGUCAAGGCUCUGCAGAGACCGAAGCUGCUUCAUGUGGGGAAGGAGAGGCCGCAGACGGACACAGCCGUGGCCAGGAGGCUCCUGUCCCACGCCCUGGGCUGGAGGCAGCGGCACCAGGAGCCCACGGGGAGCGAGGAUUUCCAGCCAGAACCCUCGGAGCAGGAGGAAUGACCCCAAAAAAACCCAACCCCGAGGCUGUAGAGAUGAGCAUGGCUGUGCUAUUAAAUGCAUGCAGAGCA